AUGCGCCUCUCUCUCACCUUCGCUGCCCUCUUGCCUCUCGUCGUCUUCGCCAUCCCCAUCGCACACCCCCGCUCCUCCACAUACGAAAAAGACCUUGACCGACGCGGCCCGGACGACACUUACACCGAGGAAAUAGCUAAAUAUAUAUACGACCGCCGUGAUGCAGGGUACACCGACAGGUCCCCCAUACCCUACAACCGCCGUGAAGAAGGGUACACCGACGAGUCCCCCAUACCCUACAACCGCCGCGACGGAUACACCGACGAAAUAGCUAAAUAUAUAUACGACCGCCGCGAUGAAGGGUACACUGACGAAUCCCCCAUACCCUACAACCGCCGUGACGGAUACACCGACGAAAUAGCUAGAUAUAUAUAUGACCGUCGUGAUGUUGGUCAUACCGACGAGUCCCCCGUACUCUACAACCGCCCUGACGGAUACACCGACGAAAUAACUACAUAUGCCCGUCGCGGGGAGGCGUACAUCGACGCGACCGACUGA